ACGCAUCUCAGCGGGGAGUCUGCCCGACUUCACAGCUUCCGAAUCGGCCUUUUCUCACCUAAUGAGCGCACUCACAAGGCCGCUGAUAAGCCCGGAGACAAAGGGCUGUGUAAUGGAGUGGGGGUGGCUUGGAAAGAAAAGAUUUGCCUGUGUGAAAGAGGCCAAACAGAGCCCACCUGGACAGGCGAGCAAUGGCCGGAGUCUGGCUUAAAAGGAGACGUUGGGUAGAAAAUGGAGUGUGUGCCUUUAAGGCGCCCGACUGCCUGUCGCUUUUUGCUGCGGAGAGACUGACGCCCUCUGGACACAGUGGACACUUGAGCGGCGGCAGCACACCAUCCUGGAGAAGUUCAAAGAGGAAAAAACAGCCACAACCCGCUCUUAAAAAAAAAAAAAGAAAGGAGAAAAGUCGUGAGGUCGUUCAACAGCGUUGUGGUGUUUCCAGUGCCGUGCUGGUGAGCCAUCAGGAUGAAGCCUGGUCAGCUGAUCGUCCUCCCCGCCGCCGCCGCUCUCCUCUUCCUCCUUUCAGGGCUGUCUCUGACCUCCGGCUGCAACAAGGCCCUCUGCGCGAGCGACGUCAGCAAAUGUCUCAUCCAGGAGCUGUGCCAGUGUCGUCCGUCUGAUGGGAACUGUUCGUGCUGUAAAGAGUGCAUGCUGUGUCUGGGGAACCUUUGGGAAGAGUGCUGCGACUGCGUGGGGAUGUGUAACCCCAAGAACUACAGCGACUCUCCGGCCACGUCGAAGAGCACCGUGGAGGAGCUGCACCGUCCGAUCCCCUCGCUCUUCCGGGCCCUCACGGAAGGCGACGCUCCGAUCAACAUGAUGGUGGUGUCCUUCCCCGUCGCCGAGGAGCUCUCCCAUCACGAGAACCUGGUGUCCUUCCUGGAGUCGCUCGACAACCAGCCCCAGAACGUCUCCGUGCCUGGCAACAGCAUCCACGCCAGCUACGACACUCAAGAAAACAUGUGCACAGUGGUCUACUUUGACGACUGCGUGUCUAUCCGUCAGUGUAAACUAUACUGUGAGUCAAUGGGAGGAUCCAAGUACCGCUGGUUUCACAACGCCUGCUGCCAGUGCAUCGGACCCGAGUGCGUGGACUACGGCAGCAAGGCUGUGAAGUGCAUGAACUGUCUCUUCUGAAGUGCGGGCACAUAUUGGUACCAAAUGUCUGGACCAGAGGACUGAGGGCAGAGGAAACUAUGACUGUUAUGUGUUAGCAUUCCUCAGUUACCUUGUAAAAUACCCCCCACAAACCCUUUCUCCUACCCCUGCAAAUUGUUUUUAUUCUGCUGUUAUGUCUCACUGUAUAUUUUUAGAUAUGUUUUCAAUAGUGUUUUUUACUAGAGGUGUAUAUGAAUAAUGUAUUUUUACAAUUAUGGUCUGCUAAAUCCCAGUCUCAUGCCAAAUAAAGAAAAGUUUGGUGACAUGGA